AUGCAUCGUUCCGGCUUGCAAGACGGCAGCCGUGACCAGGUGGUGGUGCGGCCUCUGCCACGGUCAAGGCCGCCAGCCAAUGCCAAGAAGCGCCGAACGCCGCUAUUUUGGUGCCGCCUGCUGACUGCCUCGGCUGUGGUCGCGGGGGCAACGGCCGCCUGCGUGACAGCCUACCAGAUGCUGCUUGAACGAGACGCCGAGGAGCCCUGCACCACGGAUGCGUGCCGGAGUGACCAUUCCCGACUUGCUGCCAUCGUGGAACCCAGCAAGGCACCCUGCGAUGACUUUUACGGCUUCGUCUGCAGCGGUGCCACCUGGCAACAGGGCGGUGGCGCCAUGUUUAUUGAAGUGGAGAACGAAAACCUCAGGAGGCUGAACGCCUCGCUCAUCGGCUAUGCUAUCACCAAAUCCGCUCACUCGUUUGGGAGGCUUGCCACGUUCUACGCAUCGUGUCACAACGCGUUCACGGGACAGCACGACCUCCGCACGACUAUAAGAAGCUUUCUUCGAAACCUUGGCGUAUCACUGCGAGAAUGGCUUCGGGCCAAGACUCUGGAAGACCUCCUGGAUCAUGCUGCGUACCUAUCCUUGCACCGAAGUAUACCGAGUUUCCUGUGGAUUCGGAUUGAACCGUCGGGCUUAGUAUUCGUACAGCCAGCGCUUCCUCUGUCCAUAAGGCUCAAAGCCCCCGUGUACAGCGACAUUCUGGGACUGCUUCGGAGCUUUGUCAAUGCCUUCGAAGAAAUCAGAAAGCAGGAAGAGCGGAUUUUCGACCUGCACGUAAUAAACGUUCGCCUGCAUGCGGUUCCAAUCACGGAUGAAUGUAUUGUAGUGCAUGCCAGACAAGCAUUGCGCUUUCUUACAGACCAGGAAAUGGUGGUGUGGCUCUCUAAGAUCAACAAGUAUCUCCCGACAAAAUCACGACUUGCACCAGAUUCGCAGAUCGUGAUUAGGAACGCCGACUUUUUGGGCAACCUGUCGCGCUUUUUGCAAGUCUCUCAUCGGGAAGUGCGAAAUCUCUACAUUCUCAUGACACUGCUUGAGGCUGUUGUUGAAUGGGAGUACGCACGCUCAAAGUUUUCCCGCUCCGCGGACGUCGCCUUCGAGACUGUGAAAUACUGCGCUGCCAUGAGUCAGACACUCAUGUCAAAACUCUGGACAUCGUUCGUGACCCGGACACUCGUCAUCCGUGAAACAAACGCUCGAGCUAUUCGAGACGUCGUAGCCACUGUGACGGAGAGGUUUAAGGACGACUUUGCUGCCGUUACGUGGCAGAAUGAGGUGGGAAAAGUGAGAACGCUUCAAUGGAUGAGUGCUAUGCGUUGGCGUCUCCCCGACGAAAGAGACUUUGAUGAGGAGGCUGCCCGGGCGUCCAUCGCUCACGUUCCGGAAAUGAGUAGCUCGCACUUCCUGAAUGUGGGUUAUCUAAGGCUGCUGACAAGCACGGACACCAUGGACGAGGACCACGCCGCGGAAAAGCCGGUUGUCACGUACGACUACAACCGUAACACGCUCACAGUAACCGUCGGUGCGCUGGUGAAGCCUCUGUACUACAGCGAUGGCGAAAUUCAGUUAAACAUGGCGUCGCUGGGCUUUGUGGUGGCUUUCCAACUCUGGAACGCAGUCGUGAGGUAUGCGACGUGGGAGCAGCAGCCUCCUUCUUCCUCCUUGUGGGUCUUGGAAGGUGAUGCGUCCUGUUUCAUCAAGGGAUAUCGCAACCUCUCGGAGGAACCCGUAUCAUCAGAUACAUUUAUCAAGCUGGAACUACACAACCGUGUAAACGCGCUCAGGACGAUCUUGGGUGCUUCGUCUGGAUUCCUCGAUAUGAGCAUAAAAAAACCCGCUCCAAAGUGGCCGCAAGUUACGCAGCUGCAGUUCUUCUUCAUCCGCUACUGCUCCAUGAUGUGCACAAAGGAAGUGUCCGGCUUGUACCGUAAUCUCUAUUGUGACAUUCCUGUAUCGUCAACAAGCCACUUUAGAAACGCCUUUCAAUGUUCGAUAAAGGAUACCUUAGGCGCUAAGACCUCAUGUGGUGUCUCAUGA